AUGGCUAACUUGCCGUCGUUCCAAGUCCCCAUGCUCAAUAAGAGCAGUUUCGAUAAUUGGAGUAUCAAGAUGAAAGCGUUAUUGGGAGCCCACGACGUUUGGGAGAUCGUGGAGAAUGGCUACGAGGAGCCGCAAGACGAGACCGAUCUAUCCCAACAACAAAGGGAUAGAUUGCGAGAUGCGAGAAAGAGAGACAAGAAGGCUCUCUAUCUCAUCUACCAAGCUCUAGGGGACGACGAUUUCGAAAAGAUCUCGAGUGCAAGCACCGCCAAAGAAGCAUGGAAGAAGCUCCAAAUCUCAUGUGUUGGUGCGGAGCGAGUAAAGAAGGUACGCCUCCAAACUUUAAGAGGGGAAUUUGAAUCUUUACAUAUGAAAGAGUCCGAAUCAAUUUCGGAUUAUUUUUCAAGAGUCUUGGCGGUGUCAAAUCAAAUGAAAAGAAAUGGUGAAAAAUUGGAGGAUGUUAGAAUCAUGGAGAAAAUAUUGCGCUCUCUAACCCCUAAUUUUGAGCACAUAGUAGUUACAAUAGAAGAAACAAAAGAUUUGGAGGAAAUGACCAUCGAUCACUUAUUGGGUUCGCUACAAGCAUAUGAGGAGAAACAAAAGAAGAAACAAGAAAUUGUGGAGCAACUUUUGAAGUUGCAAGUAAGCCCAAAGGAGAAAGAAGAAAGCUCGAGCAAUGGUGGUGGCCCACAAGGAAGAGGUCGCGGACAAAGACAAGAUCGUGGUCGUGGUCGUGGUCGAGGAUAUGCUCAUGGACGUGGACGUGGACGAGGAUAUUUUUCCAACAAUGAAGAAAGAAAGGAGUUCCCAAAUAUGGGACGAGGAAGGAGCAAUCCACAGUCGAG